AUGGCUACUAGGAAGAGUAGUGGGGACAAUGAGAUACAGUCAGAAAUAGAAGUUGAGUUAGAAAGUGACUUGCUUGAUGAUGACUUGGACAAGGCCUUUGAGUUUAGAACGACGUCUCUUAUACCUAGGAUUAAGGCUGCUGAGAAACUCCUCGAGUUAGACAAAAAAGGUGACGAUGAUAGUACUACUACUAAUGGAUCUUCAGGUGCACAAGUGAAGCUGCCUAAGCUAGAACUGCCGAAAUUUAAAGGAGAAGUGACAGAAUGGCAGUCCUUUUGGGACCAGUUCAGUUGCCAUGUAGACAAUUCAGAUAAACCAGUAAUAAGUAAGUUUAGUUAUUUAGUGUCAUUGCUGGAAGGAGAAGCCAAAUCAGUUAUCUCAGGUCUAUCUCACACAAGUGUAAAUUAUAAGAUUGCAUGUGAUCUACUUAAGGAGAGAUUUGGAAGGCCUGAGAGGAUGAUAUUUGCCCAUGUUCAAGCACUUUUAAAUGGCAAGGUUCCUGUUAAGGCAGGAGGCCCUAAGUAUGUUUACCUGCUGUGGAAUCUACAGGAUGAGUUGUUGACGCAUAUCAGAAGUUUAGAGGCUUUAGGUGUAUCUGGUAAGCAGUGCAAAGUUUUCCUGACGCCAAUUAUUCUUUCUCGUCUUCCGAGUGAAAUACGAAUGGAGUGGGCUAGGAAGGCGCUGGUCAUGAAAGUGAUUGGAAUGGCUUCUGAAAUUCUUACAAGAAGAAAUUGA